AUGAGUGAAGGCUGGGAAGGAGCUUAUGAUCCAAGUCUUUUGGCACGUGUAGAGAAAUCCGAAUAUUACCGGAUUAAGUCCUUGGAGAAUACAAUUGUCAACAGAAAGGUUCUUGUUGUGCUCGGUUCAGCCAUGGCAAAUGCGAUGAGAUUAUCUGAGAUUUUUGUGAGUGUGAGGGCAAAGAAUUUUAGAGAAGCCAGAGGGUGGGCGAGGCUGGGGCUGCGGGAGUUGGGGAGGGUGGGGAUUACUGUAAGAUUUGAGCGGGGUUGUUAG